AUGAGGGGAGGAAUUGACACACUAGGUAUUCAUCAUCAUCAUCUUACCGAAGCUCCACAUCUGCAACAACUCAAUACCCCAAUCGAAGUUUCAACACCACAAACAUCUGAACGAAAUCUUGAUGCAAGUGAUAGUAAUGAUACACAAAUAUCAAAACAACAUUGCGUUCUAUCGAACAGAAAGCAAAAAGAAUAUGGUCUAAUGAAUGUAUCAACAGCUCCAAAGGCGUUACUUCCAUUGAAUAAUAAUCCUGUGCUAGAUCAACACCAACCACAAAUAUCAGAACAUCAACAAGGUCGUCUCCCAUUUGAGCAGCUGAAACGAGCUGUUUCAAGCAACCUUCCGUGUUUUUUAAUUGAAUAUGAUCAAGAUGUGAACUCGAAGAACCGUCCAUCCGAUAUAUCAGCAGCAAGUAUUCUUGAAGAUCACUUCAAACAACAAGGAAUCUAA